GCUAUGAGCCGGGUCACACAUAACAUAUAUGCCCAUACAUACACAUGAUGCAGAUACCCAUGCAUACCACCCAGUGUGGAUGCAUGGGCAAUGCCUCUAAUAUGUAUCUAUCAACACAGCGGUACGGACCGCGCGAGUGGAGAAAUAGUUAUGAUACUGGUCCCUGCCUAGAGCGACUUAUUUUGAUUUUUUGGUUUCGCGUUGUGUUGUGCUGUGUUGAUUUUGAGGCGGAUUCGGAAUGCUUUGUGCUUUAUGCGGGGCGAUUAAUGUGAAGGAUCUUAUUGUUUUGGCUGGGAAAUACCAUCAUGGAUCAAAAGCAGGUAUACCUCGUCCCUGGAAACAUCAUUCGAAAUACGAUGAUCUUGCCGCGGCUGCCGAAGCUGGCUGCGAGCUGUGUAAGGUGUUGGUGCGUGCGUUAGAUGGGACGGUGUUGUCAGCAGGAAGAGCGGGCAAGACGUAUAAGGCUGAGAUGUUGGAGAUGGAGGAAGACGGAUCCGGAAUGGGUUUGGAUGUGGAGAUUGAGGUGGAGGGGAAGAAUUCGAAUGGGGCGGUAUUUGAGGAAUCAAAGGGGAAGAUUCCUUUGGAUAGAUUGUCGUUUUAUAUGAGGGGGAGCCAGAGGAGAGAGUGGUUGAUUGUGAACUUUUCGUUGCAGAAGUGUCGAGGUAGUUAAUCAUUUCAUUUUUGUAUUCAUCUUAAAAACCAUCACUGACUUAUGCAUAUGACAUGAUAGGAAAAGUCAAAUCUGUUGAUGGCAUAGAAAUUGGUCAUUUUGUUCUCGAUCCUAAUCUGGGAUCAGAGGCAAACUUCGAGAUUGCUCGAGAUUGGAUACACACUUGCAGUUCAACACAUUACGAAUGUCCAGUGAUAGAAGAUAGGCCACUACCCACGAGAGUGAUACAUGUUGGUUCCGACACCCGUGAACCAUAUCUAUUAAAAACACGUGGUAAGAAAGGCAAGUAUAUCGCACUGAGCCAUUGUUGGGGCGGUAAAAUCAGUAAUCGCUCCCAACUAAAUACAACGACCUCCAAGAUCUUCAAUAAGAGAAUCGCACUAGAAAAACUACCGCCUAAUUUCCGAGAUGCCAUUCUCAUUACUCGGAGACUGGGAUUCCAGUUUCUAUGGAUCGAUUGUUUGUGUAUCAUGCAAGAUUCAAGCGAGGACUGGGAAAUAGAAUCUAAACACAUGGGAAAUGUAUAUCGCGAUGCGACGUUAACCAUUGCGGCAGCCGCCGCAUCUAAUUCUACCGAUGGGAUACUCAAUAAAUUUGAAGACUAUGAUCUUACAGGUAUAAGCAUCAGUUUGAAGCUCAGCCAAAAUAGUCCACCAGAAGAUCACAUCGACGCGGUACUCCGAGACAACAACCGUGAACAGUUAGAUAUUCUAUUAAAAAAGGGACCGCUCGCAGAUAGAGGCUGGACAUUCCAAGAGGAGAUUUUGUCGGCGAGGACCCUGUAUUAUGGUCGUAUGCAGAUUUACUGGCAAUGUUUACACGACCACGCAUCGGCCGAUGGACUGCGCUCACGAGCACCUAUUUAUCAACGUGCGUUCCGUUACGAGAGGAUUAAAGACCAAAUACAUGAAUCGCAAGGACUCAAGAGAGCCGACAUGAUGAAAAGUCCUUAUGUCUUCGUUAACAAAGAUCAAACGCGGUCUGCAGUACAUCAACGCAUCAGCAUGCACAUAAUCAUGGAAUAUCAUAAAGAAAUGGUAGUAGACUAUUGUUCGCGACACCUCUCAUUUUCCCGGGAUAAAUUUCCCGCGUUUUCUGGCAUCGUUACUUUGGUUCGUGAUAUAUUGCACACGAAUGGGUAUCCGGAUUCGAGAUAUGUGGCGGGGGUUUGGACUAGUCAUUUUCGGCAGGGAUUGGUGUGGUAUUAUGGGGAUGAUGCUAUUCCUUCUACUGGGAGGGCGCCUAGUUGGUCGUGGGCUACGACGAAUGGGAUAGUGGUGUUUCAUCCGUCGACUUUCAGUCAUGAUACUUUUCAGUCUACACCUAUUGAUCCACAGCUUCUCUCUCAUAAUGUAAUGCUCAUGGGGCAUAAUCCCUAUGGAGAAAUCCAACAUGCGUCGUUAGAGAUCCUAGGUAGUACGAUGGGAGCGCGGUUUAUGAAUGGACUGGCGACGAACGGGAAUAAUUCGGCGUGUGGAUUCGUGCAUUGGGAUACACGAGCUACAGGGGAAGAACGUCGAACCGGGGCAUUAUUUGUCUGUAGGAUAGGCAGUUCAGCCAUGUUUCUCUUCAGUCCGCAGGAUGAGAAAGAGAGCUUGCCAAAAACAGAUACGAUUAUGGAUGAGGAGGAUGGAGACACAGCAGAUAAUACGAGGUAUAAAGUUAUGUUCGUGGCGACGCAGAAACGGCAGGCACAUGGUCUGGUUUUGAAAAAAUGUGAAAUGAAUCAGGAUGAGGAGGCGAAAGGUGGAAAUGAAGCUGGGGAUAAAGCAGGUGGAAAGGCAAAAUCAAAUACCGAACAUCAAGCUGGGCACAAAAAUGCAGCAAAAGAUGGACAAAAGCAUGGGAGUAACACAACCCUGACUAAAUUUGCGGCUAGCAUAACCAAAUAUCGUCGUGUUGGUUAUGUUAGAUUAUACUCCGAGCAUGGAAAUGUCAGGAAGCUUUAUGACGCAUAUAGAUGGGCGGAUCUAGAGGGAUGGAAGAGGGAGAAAUUUGUACUGAUUUGAGGACGGCUAGAAGAUCGAUGUUAUGUCGUAAUCCAUUGGAGGAUUUUUGCAUAGUAUUUUUUGUUCAGUUGAAGCCUAUGUAUAGUCCAAAUGACAUCUUUCAUCCCUUCUUUCAUUUUACCACUUGGUCGGCCUUUUUGAACAUAAAGCUAAGCGAAGUAAAUGUCUAGCUAGCAAAUGAGAACAAA